AAAAAAAGCUAACAAACAAACCAGAAACACACAAAAACCCAAAAUAAAAAUUAAUCACCAAAGAAAAAAUAAUAUAAUUUUUGAGACAACACAAACAAAGCAAGGGAGGCACAGCUCAACGGCCAAAGCUUUAAGAAGAAGAUUGAACUACAAUUUUAAUUUCUCAAUUAUUAACCAGUUAUACUCUCUACAACGGAACACUAUUUUACCGGCUGGAAUUUACAGUGAACAUUUUGUGAAGUGAGAGUAACUGCUAUAAGUUGCUAAAGAAUUUGUUGCGGCUAAGCAGCUUGUGAGAGUGGCCAAUGAUUGUGUCAUAAUGAGAAGGCUCGGGUGGGACCAUUGCCGAUGGGCACCCCCGACAACAAACUAUCUGAGUUUCUAGACGUGGUGAGAUCUUGGAUACCUCGUAGAGGUGAGCCUGCAAAUGUGUCAAGGGACUUUUGGAUGCCCGAUCAAAGCUGUAGGGUAUGCUAUGAGUGUGACACCCAAUUCACUGUUUUCAACCGUAGGCAUCAUUGUCGUCUUUGUGGACUAGUCUUCUGUGCCAAGUGCACUGCAAACUCUGUUCCUGUUUCAUUUGAUGAGUCAAGGACUAGUUGUGAAGAUUCAGAGCGGAUUAGGGUUUGUAAUUAUUGCUUCAAGCAAUGGGAGCAGGGGAUAGGAGCAGUUGAUGAUGGGACCACCCAUGCGCCCAGUGCUGGUCUCAGUCCAUCACCAUCUGCUACAAGCUUGGCCAGCACCAAGUCCAGCUGUACUUGUAACAGUAGUAGCUGUACUGUUGGUUCAACUCCUUACUCAACUGGACCUUAUCAACACGUGCCAUACACAUCUUGUAUUAGCCCUCGAAAGUCUGCACAGAUGGAUCCUUCUAAUGCUGAGCAAGAGAAUCUAGCAUCUGUGACGAGCAAAAGCCCUGAUACGGCUAUAUUGGUUGAUUCCACUCCUAAUCAGUUGGGCUUUUGCAUGAACAGGAGUGAUGAUGAGGAUGAUGACUAUCGUGUUUAUCAUUCAGAUUCAGAGAUGAGGCAUUAUUCUCAAGGCAAUGACUAUUAUGGUGUUGUCAAUAUAGAUGAAAUUGAUCGCACUUAUGGGCCACAUAAAGUGCUACCUGAAGGAGAGAACAUCACUAGAAAAAGUUUAAGUUGUUCACAAUUAUCUGAGAGUUUUGAUACACAGGGGGCGGAAAAAAUUAAGGAUCUGCAAGAAGAAACACAGGAAGGUGAAAUUGGUGAUUGUGAAGCUCCUUUAUAUGAUGGGGAGGGUACCAAUAGUGCACCUGUGGAUUUUGAGAAUGAUGCGCUGCUCUGGAUCCCUCCAGAGCCAGAGGAUGAAGAGGAUGAGAGAGAAACUGUUCUAUUUGAUGAUGAUGAUGAUGAGGGUGCAACAGGGGAGUGGGGAUAUUUACGCUCUGCAAACAGCUUUGGUAGUGGGGAGUACCGUAGUAGAGAUAAGUCAGGUGAAGAGCAUAGGAAGGCCAUGAAGAACGUGGUAGAAGGGCAUUUUAGAGCUUUGGUAUCUCAGCUUUUGCAGGUUGAAAACCUACCUGUGGGUGAUGAAGAUGACAGAGAGAGUUGGUUGGAAACAAUUACAUCUUUGUCAUGGGAAGCUGCAACACUUCUUAAGCCAGACACUAGCAAGGGUGGAGGGAUGGAUCCUGGAGGAUAUGUGAAGGUUAAAUGUAUAGCUUCUGGGUGUCGUAGUGACAGUAUGGUGAUUAAAGGAGUUGUUUGUAAGAAAAAUGUUGCUCAUCGGCGAAUGACAUCAAAAAUAGAUAAACCACAUUUUCUAAUCCUUGGAGGAGCUUUGGAGUAUCAGCGUGUUGCUAACCACUUGUCAAGUGUGGACACUUUGUUGCAACAGGAAAUGGACCAUUUGAAGAUGGCUGUUGCAAAGAUUGCUGCUCAUCACCCCAAUGUUCUUUUGGUAGAGAAGUCGGUAUCCCGGUAUGCACAGGAGUACCUUCUUGCAAAAGACAUAUCACUUGUUCUGAAUAUUAAGAGGCCGCUUUUAGAGCGAAUAGCUCGCUGCACUGGUGCACAAAUUGUCCCAUCAAUUGAUCAUCUCACAUCACAGAAACUGGGGUAUUGUGACAUGUUUCAUGUGGACAAAUUUCUUGAAGAACAUGGCAGUGCUGGACAAGGUGGGAAGAAAUUGAUGAAGACACUAAUGUUCUUUGAGGGUUGUCCAAGGCCUUUGGGCUGUACUAUUUUGCUGAGGGGUGCCAGUGGUGAUGACUUGAAGAAGGUAAAACAUGUGGUGCAGUAUGGCGUUUUUGCAGCUUAUCACCUGGCUCUGGAGACAUCAUUUCUGGCUGAUGAAGGUGCUUCACUUCCAGAACUCCCUUUGAAGUCUCCGAUAACUGUUGCAUUACCUGAAAAACCAUCAAACAUUGAUAGGUCCAUUUCCACAGUACCUGGCUUUAUGAUCCCUGCCACUGGAAAGCCUUCAUCUCCUCAACCUAUAAGUGAACUACAGAAAUCCAACAAAGGCCUUAUCUCAGAUGGAGUCUCAACCAUCAAUGUAGAUUCUUUGUCCAAAUUGAAAGGGGUCAAUUCAACUUCCUUAUCUGAACCUUCUGCAAGCUCUAUUGAAGCUGCUGCUUCCUCUGCUUCCUUAUCUCCUACUGGGCAGAAUAUCCCGUAUUCUUACCAUAUUGAUCCCUCACCCGAACAUGCCUUUGAGGAGGAAAAUAAAGUGGCUCCUAAAGAAUUUUUUAAGGCUAAAAUAGUGGACGCUGGAGGAACUGCACUGGAUGAUCAUGCAGUUUCUAGUGGUUUUGGCACCUCGGACAUAUCAAGACAAGAUGAUGGUUGCAAUCUUGUGAGUGCUAAUUCUUGGGCUGCUCCAGAGUUGUUGUCCAAGCAAGAUAAUGUUAAUAACUGUGAGGAGAUGGGAUCUUCAAAGGAAGAGUUUCCUCCCUCAACUUCAGACCAUCAGAGCAUUUUAGUGUCCUUAUCAACACGCUGUGUAUGGAAGGGAACUGUGUGUGAACGGGCCCAUCUUUUACGAAUCAAAUACUAUAAUAGCUUUGAUAAGCCUUUGGGGAGAUUUUUACGAGAUCAUUUGUUUGAUCAGAGCUAUCGCUGUCGUUCAUGUGACCAGCCAUCAGAUGCUCAUGUUCAUUGUUACACUCAUCGACAAGGCAGUCUUACGAUAUCUGUUAAGAAACUCCCAGAGUUUCUCUUACCAGGGGAACGGGAAGGAAAAAUUUGGAUGUGGCACAGGUGUCUGCGAUGUCCUCGGACCAAUGGGUUCCCUCCGGCUACUAGGAGAGUUGUAAUGUCUGAUGCUGCCUGGGGUUUAUCUUUUGGGAAAUUUUUGGAGCUUAGCUUUUCUAAUCAUGCUGCUGCAAGCAGAGUUGCAAGUUGUGGUCAUUCGCUUCACAGGGAUUGUCUCCGGUUCUAUGGUUUUGGGAGAAUGGUUGCUUGCUUCCGCUAUGCCUCAAUUGAUGUUCAUUCUGUUUAUCUUCCACUAUCAAAGCUUGAUUUCAACUCUGAUAAUCAAGAUUGGAUGCAAAAAGAAGCAAAUGAGGUAUGUAGCAGGGCAGAAUUCCUAUUUAAUGAAGUGUACAAUGCUCUACAUCAGAUUUCAGUGAAAAUAGGGGCAGGGUCAGAGGAUGGAGGCACGAAAAUAACUGAAUCAAGACUUCGUAUCUCAGAAUUGGAAGGGAUUCUGCAAAGGGAUAAAUCAGAACUUGAGGAAUCUUUGCGGAAAGCAGUAUGUAAGGAUGUAAAACUUGGCCAACCUGCAAUUGAUAUUCUUGAGAUCAACAAAUUAAGAAGGCAGAUACUUUUCCAUUCAUAUGUUUGGGACCAGCGCCUGAUACAUGCAGCCAGUUUAGUUAGCAACAGUUGUAUCCCAAAACUCAAGGAGAAGCCAGUCAGUGUCAAAGAGAAGUUUGCUGAAGUGAAUUUGACUUCCAAGCUGGGUAAAGGAUUUAGUAGUUGUGACUCUGUUUUUCUGGACAGAAAGCCUGAUCUACAUUGUACUCAAGGAGGAGUCUCUGGUGACAUUAGUGAGCCAGAUGGAGUUCACAAACAAAUUGGUGUAGAUCAAGACCUAAACCUGAAGAAUGAGGGGGAGCAUUGUCAAAGUGUUAGUGAUAAAUUUGAAAGACAGGAAUCUGGUAAAAUUGUCCGAAGAGCUUUAUCAGAGGGGGAGUUUCCUGUAAUGGCCAAUUUAUCUGACACCCUUGAUGCAGCAUGGACUGGUGAAAAUCACCAAGCAAACAUCAAUGCUAAAGAGAAUGACUGUUCUCUUCCUGAUCCUGCCUUGUUUGAUUCCUCAACCAUGGUAAAUUCAGUUUCAGCAAGUAGUACGGAACAGGGUGGGGCUGAAGUCUUACGUACUCUUAGCUCUGUAUUAUCUACCAAGGGAACUGACAAUGUGGAUUACUCCAAAAGUUGGGCUGGGAUGCCUUUUCUGAAUUUCUAUAGUUCAUUUAACAAAAACACUUCAUUAAAUGCUCAAAAGCUUGCUGUUGCGGAGUACAAUCCUACGUAUGUCCUGUCGUUUAGGGAGUUGGAACGGCAAAGUGGUGCCAGGUUGCUUCUACCUGUUGGUGUUAAUGACACUGUUGUGCCCGUUUAUGAUGAUGAACCUACUAGUAUUAUAGCAUAUGCGCUUAUCUCGUCAGAUUAUCAUGUCCAGAUUUCUGAGUCUGAGAGACUGAAAGAUGCUGCUGAUUCUGCAGUUUCUGAUUCAGUGAAUCUGUCCUCGGUUUACUCCUUUGAUGACACCUCUUUUGAUAGUUUUAAAAGUCUUGGGUCAACUGAUGAGAGCAUCUUAUCAAUGUCCGGGUCCAGGGGCUCCCAAGUUUUGGAUCCACUGUCAUACACAAAGGACUUGCAUGCCAGAAUUUCUUUUGCAGAUGAUGGCCCUCUUGGGAAAGUAAAGUACACAGUUACCUGUUACUAUGCUAAGCGUUUUGAUGCCCUGAGGAGAAAAUGUUGCCCUUCUGAGUUAGAUUUCAUACGAUCUCUAAGUCGUUGUAAGAAGUGGGAGGCCCAAGGUGGAAAAAGCAAUGCCUUCUUUGCAAAAACCUUAGAUGAUCGGUUUAUUGUCAAACAAGUUACAAAGACAGAGCUGGAGUCGUUCAUCAAGUUUGGGCCAGCUUAUUUUAAGUAUUUGUCACAUUCUAUUGGUACAGGAAGCCCAACUUGCCUGGCAAAGAUCCUAGGUAUUUACCAGGUUUUAUCAAAGCACCUUAAAGGAGGGAAAGAAACAAAGAUGGAUGUUUUAGUCAUGGAGAAUCUUCUUUUUAGGCGCACCAUUACACGACUUUAUGACCUCAAGGGUUCUUCUCGAUCACGGUAUAACCCAGAUACCAGUGGGAGUAAUAAAGUUCUGCUAGAUCAGAAUUUGAUCGAAACUAUGCCAACUUCUCCAAUUUUUGUGGGAAACAGGGCAAAGCGAUUGCUGGAAAGAGCCGUCUGGAAUGAUACUGCAUUUCUUGCUUCAAUUGAUGUUAUGGACUACUCGUUACUGGUUGGUGUGGACGAGGAAAAGCACGAACUGGUGCUUGGGAUCAUUGAUUUUAUGAGGCAAUAUACAUGGGACAAGCACCUGGAAACUUGGGUGAAGACUACAGGAAUCCUUGGCGGACCCAAGAACACAACUCCGACUGUCAUCUCCCCCCAGCAAUACAAGAAACGGUUCAGGAAAGCUAUGAGCACAUAUUUUCUGAUGGUGCCAGAUCAAUGGUCGCCCCCUAUGAUCAUUCGCAGUGAAUCCCAAUCAGAUCUCUGUGAAGAAAACACACAGGGCGUUACCUCCUUUGAUUCAUAACGCAAAAACUACACCCUAUGUUCCUUUUGCCUGUAUAUGUCAAGAUCAGGAAAAAAGGCUCUUUAAAGCCAACAUUUUUUUGACCAGGGACAAUAGUGGUGGAUGCUCUCUGGAGUAACUGUACAAUAAUUUCUUGUAUUAGUUAGCGCACCUACACACUUAUGCACACAGUUAUUAUAGUUUAAUUUUUUUUAAAUAGUUUAGUUCAUAAAGUCACUGUAGUGUAAAUGUGUAAUAUCUGUUCAGUUCAAAAGUCUUUCACAUUUGUCAUCUUUUAAUUCAUUAGGAAAUAGGUACAUAGUUUUGAACAGUAGAUUUAUGUUAUCAGUUAGGCGUUGCGGCUUCUUUUCAAAACUACACCGCAGAUGGAGAUGACGGGAAAUAUCCGGAUUGAUAGGCACCUUUAAGACCUAUCCAUCACAUUGAUAUUUUUAUGUGAUUUGUCAAAAUAAGUGUAUUGAAUCAAGGAAUUUGACUAAUAGCUCAGGAACAAACAAACAUAUAAACUUUACAACCUUGAAAUGUCAUUUUGUAACAUAUUACAACAAUGUUCCUUAAGUUUUUUCUUAUAAUUUUAAUUUUUAAGUAUCUUGUUACAUUUUCAACAAGGGCAAUACUAUAUCUACA